UCCCUACUACUCAUUACAACUCCCUAUAUGCUAUAUCAGCCCUUUUCACACUCUCUCUCUCAAUAUCUAAAAAAGUCAGCGCCUUCUUUUGUCUUCUCUCCCUCUGAUAUUAGUACAGAUUCUAAUUGGAGCUCUCUCUCCUCGCCAUGGAUGAUGACUGGGAUCUCCAAGCUGUGGUUAGGGGUUGCACCACCGCCUCUGCCUCUGCCUCUGCCUCUGCCUCUUCCUCCACUACUUCCACCACCACAGCAGACUCUGCUAAUUCCUUUAACUGUAGAGAAGAUUUUUAUAAUCCUCAGUCUUUUGCAAGUGAAACGGCUCCAACUGGCCCUCUUUUCUCUCUUCCAGAUCCAUUUGAAACGAGAAAUGCUAUCGGAGAGUUGCAUGACCUUUACAAGCCUUUUUUCCCUAAAUCUCAUUUCACUCUUUAUUCUCCGCAAUCUGCACCAAUCUCUUCUCUUUCUUCUUUUGGUGUUUCUAAUUCUAAGGAACAAACUCAUCUAAAGCAGCAGCAACAGCCUAAGCAAUCUGUUACUUCCUCUGCAAAUAAUUCUCAUACUCCUCGAUCCAAAAGAAGGAAGAACCAGCUAAAGAAGAUAUGCCAAGUACCAGCUGAGGCGCUUUCUUCAGAUGUAUGGGCAUGGCGAAAGUACGGUCAAAAACCCAUCAAAGGCUCUCCAUAUCCUAGGGGAUAUUACAGAUGCAGCAGCUCAAAAGGGUGUUUAGCCCGAAAACAAGUGGAGCGGAACAGAUCCGACCCGGGAAUGUUCAUACUUACGUACACAGGGGAGCAUAACCACCCUGCACCAACCCACCGGAAUUCCCUCGCUGGUAGCACCCGUCAGAAAACCACUACACCACAAAACGUCACUGCCAGCGACUCUAACAAACCCUCGCCAGUAGGCAAACCCGCUUGCUCAUCACCUGCGACUUCCAUGGAUGACGAGCUUCUACCCCAAAGUACAAACACAGAAAGCAGAGAAGAAAAGGAUAUGAUAGAAGAUGACGAAGAAGACGAAUUCGGUGGGUUUUCAGAUAUGGCUGUGAGUGAUGAUUUCUUCGUUGGAUUGGAAGAACUCGCCGAUCCGGCCACUGGAGACCACUUGUCCGAUCAUUUUUCUUUUAAUUUUGGCCCCCCGUGGUUAGCGAAUAAUGCUGCUACUGCGGCUAGUAGCAUCUGAGACUACCCGGAAAACCAUCGCUGACGUGGAUACCAUGCUCUUUAUAUUUUUUAAAACAUAUUUGUUAUUAUUAUUAAUUUUUUCCAUUUUCUUAUCUUAUCUUUUCUUUUCUUGUAUACACUUGUAUCAUCUUGGUAGUAGAAUCUUUCAAGGCAUCGUUGCCUUUUUGCCUGUGGGAUGAGGUGAGAGUUGGUAGUGGAAAAUGAAAUUCAGUUUCUUGCCAUUAGUAAAAUUAGUUUCUAACUAAA